AUGUCGCCAUCUCACCUAGAAGAGCAGAUCAAAGGCAUUGAUUCAUGGUGCAGACAGGCACAAUACAAACAGGGGCAUAAUGUACACAUGAGGUAUCCUCUCGAGCCAGGGAAGCUGAUCACUGAAGCACAAGAUUCUGACAAAGACAAACCAGAUGGCGACUCGGAUGAAAAGAGUGGCGAGAAAGACGAGAAAGACACCGGUAAUGACUCCAGUAAAGACUCAGAAGACGAGGGUCAAGAAACCUCUGAGACGCCAGACAAAAGCGACUCAGACACUGAUGAGGUGAAACUUUCAGACGACUCCAAAGACCAAGAUUCAGAAUCGAAAGACACCGACAGCACGGAGAAGAAAGAGAAGGACCAGGACUCUGACAGCGACGCAGACACCAGCAGCGAUCAAGACACGGCAGAUUCCCCUGAUGCAGCAGACGCCAAGGACAGCGCUGAGGAUAAAGACAAGGACAGCAGCGACCCGAAAGACACUGAAGAUGAUAGAGACAGGGAGAAGGACGCCAAUGAGAAGGAGGACACCAAUGAGACGGGCAGCGAUAGCGAUGAGGGAAAAGAUAAAGAGGACCAAUCCAAACCAGACGAGCAGGACAAGGAAGACACCAGCUCAAAAGAAGACGCCACAGCCAGUCAGUCUGACGAAAGUCCACUGGAGGAAAUGACAGAAGACAAGCAGGAAGACAACCCUGAGUCUGACAGCUCCAGUCUAGACUCAAAUUCAGACUCGGACUCUGACAGCAAAGAUAAAGAGCAGGACAAAGAGAAGAACAGCACAGAGUCCACAGACACAGAAAGCUCCGACAGCGACAGCAAGAGCGACACAGACAGCUCAGAAACAGGAGGGGAAGAUACUGAUGAAGACAAUGACUCCAGCGUGGAAAAGGAGAAACAAGAGUCUCCUGAUGGUGCAUCAAUAGAGACAAAUGACUCUGACUCCAGCGAUGAUCAUGACAAUGACUCAACAGAUGCUACAACAUCAAACGAGGAACACACUGAUGAAAACACUGAUGCAGACAGCCAUGACGCUGCAGACGAUGAUGAUGAAGUCAGGGUUGAAGAUGGCACAGAUGCUGCUUCUAAAACACACGAACCAGAUCAUCUUGAUGACACAACACAAGGAUCAGAUGAUGGCAGCAAAACCCCUAUGCCAAGCUCCUAGCGACCAGGACUCUACAAAAGCACUGUAACAGAUUUUUCCUGGAGAGACGUAAAUAGUUCCACCUGAGACAGUCAAGAUAACCAGAGUUUCACAUCCCAUUAAAACACAUUGACACGUCCCUCUCGUCCUCUCUCUCUCUCUCUCUCUCUCUCUCAUAUGGUGAAGGUUCCUUUCUAAGGGUUCUGGGAUGCAGAUUAAAUUAUUUGGCUGUUUGCUGUACAUUCCAUUUUUUAACUUUGUCCUAAUUCUAGAACUUUUGUAUCGUUUGAUAUAUUAAUUUGACCAAAUUUAGAUGGAAAUGCAUGAUGAACAGUGAGGUUCUAGAACUGCGUAUCUCAUACAUUUGUCUGUUUGCGUAGGGCCUAAAUAUAUUUUGUUUUGAGUGACACAUUAAACUUAGAGAGUAGAACUAAAAGAAGGAAUUUUGAGAAAGCUACACGAUUUGGGUCUGGUGAAAAUGUUGAUCUGUCAAACCUGUGAUGGUUCCACUGGUUUGGCCACAUGGUGUCCCCAUCCUUGGCACUGACUGAAAGACUGCAGCUGCUGCAACGAGAACCUUCCCUCUUGCUCUCAGAUAAACGCCGGCCUGAAAUGUCACAGAAUGAGAUAUUUUCUGCCCACCCAAUGAUUUGAGACUGUACAGACAAUUGUAAUUUCUGAUAGAAUCUCUGAUGUUUAUGUCUCUGUGGAGGAAUACUAAUAAACUAGCAAUGUAAGAGCACAGAUUGUUCCGAAAACUGUCAAAAAAAA